UAUGACGUCAUCACACAAAACUCAAUAGACGCGCCAAUUUUACAUUUCGAGUUUCUUACAGCUGUUGUCAUCACUGUUUAUGUUGCAGUGGUGGAAUUCGCAUAUUUUUGUCUGUAUAGACUGUUUUUUGCAGAAUGUUAGAGAGAUAGAGUCCCAAGUAUUUUUGGUUGCUGACUGAUUCGGAGUGUUGCUGAUAGUUUGUGUUUUUUUCCUGCUGUUUAAUUCCGUCCCUUAAUUUUUAUCAUGUCUGAUCAGUCAUUGCCAGGUUAUUCUCCCAGUUUUAAAAAACCUGCUGAGAUACUGAAGUUACGAAAAAGAAGAACUCGGAGUAUGGGAUUUGGUUCUUCGCCUAACGCGGAGAAUCACCAGGGGAAUUGUAAUGGGAGAGAUGUGCCGAGAGUGGGAUCAGAGCUUGCUGGGCUCAGACCUUUUUCACCCGGACGUGUUGUUGUAGUAGGGGAGAAAAGAAGAAACCCUUUCGCCAACCUUGACAACAUAAAGAACAGUCCCAGAAAGCGAGCAUUUUCUGACACAGGCAGCGAUGCUGAGUCCAGGUCACUUUGUUUACGAGUGAUUGAGCGUGAUCUGGAAAAUCGAGGACAGAACCAGAGUUUUCACAGUGCAGGCAGGGAGUGCAGAGCGAUAUGUCCCAAUUUGAAUUCGAGUGCAUGCAGCGACGGAGAUUUAACCGAUGUGCAGGUUAGUGUGGAUGACCGUCAAGGAUGGGAAGGAGACUUGUUUACAGAGGAUUCAGUUUCCUCAUCUCAAACGUAUAUAAAGAGUGUGUGUAAACCAUCCACUGAAUAUGAAUCAUGCAACUUUCCCAUUGAUUGGAGCUUGAAAACACGUUUACUUUUCACCUCAUUGUAUCCAUUUACUUGGACAGAUCACCUGAAAGCCCAGGAGGAAGCUUUGGGUAUUGUUCAACACUGCAGAGCUAGAGAGAUAUCUCUGCCUCAAACCAUACAGGAACCCAAGUCUUGUACCGAACUGCGUUGUGCUUUCCAGCAGAGUCUUGUCUAUUGGAUUCAUCCAUAUUUGCCUUGGCUUCAGGUCUUCCCUCGUAUUGGAGCAGAUAGGAAGAUAGCUGGCAAGAGUAUCCCCUGGUCAGAUGAUACAGGACUGCAGCAAAUUUUAAUGAAUGAAUGGUCUUCAAGCUUUACCUCUCUGUACAGUUUGUUGAAAGCUAAAUUGUGUCCAUACUUUUACUUGUGUACCUACCAGUUUACAGUGUUGUUCAGAGCAGCUGGGUUUGCUGAGAAUGAUGUUGUCACAGCUGUUAUAUCACCAACAACUCGAGGUUUAAGAGAAGCUAUGAAAAGUGAAGGUAUCGAAUACUCCUUGCCUUUGGUGGAAGACAGUACAAGUAAAAAGCAGAAGGCUAUUGAUGUAGAAAAAAUAACUGACAAUCUGCAAGUCUCUGAAGGAAAUGUAGAAAUGAGCAGUAAACCUUUAGAAAGCGAUGAUGAUGAUGACGAUGACGAUGGAGGAUUUUCAUGGCUAGAAGAGAUGGGAGUGCAGGAUAAAGUUAAGAAGCCAGAUGCCAUUUCUAUUAAACUUCGUAAGGAGAAAAAUGAAGUGCAAAUGGAUCACAGACCUGAAUCAGUUGUGUUAGUGAAAGGGGCAAAUACUUUCACAUUGCUGAACUUUCUCAUCAACUGUAAAAGCAUUGUGGCUGCUUCAGGUCCUCAAGCAGGACUCCCACCUACACUAAUUGCACCUGUUUCAUUCCGUGGAGCCACUAUGCAAACAUUAAAGGCACGAAGCAUAAAUGUUAAAAGAAAUCAUCAUUCCAGCUAUACGGAUAUGUACAGUUUGGAGAUUACUGGCCCCAUCUUGCCUCAUUUCCUGUAUUCAAUGACUUUGCUACUGAAGAAUGCACAGAAAGGAGCCUUCACUACUCAACUAUAUACACAUGAACCCACUGCUGUAUUUAAUGUGGAUAUCAAAUCUCCGAAGAUGUUGGAUCAGGAUACUCUGUGUAAGGAUUUGCAAAACUGUGGACUCCAGUCUUCUGUUGUGAAACAGCUCAUACAGCCACCGUUGCUUGGGAAGUCCUCUCUGCGGUACCUGGAAAUGAAUAAUUACAAAUACACCUGGAAGUUGUAGAUGUUUCACAAUGGAUACUAAACCUGUUUAAUUAUCUGCAGCAAAGACAUACUAGGGUGAGGGUGGCCCAGAACAAACAUGAAAGAUGAGACUUGUGUAAAUCUGAGAGAUGGCCAGUGUACUGAAAUGCAUCUAAAUUGGAACAAACUGCAUGCGUGAAAAAAAAAAACUGACUAUGUUGUGCACUUUUGGACUGCUUGCAGUUAAUCUGGAUAAUGAGCUGGUGUGAAAAAUAUUGGAAGUGUGCCUGAGAUAACUAGAUGUUACCCCUUGUUUAGAAACUGCUAGUGUUACUUUUGACAUUAUACUGAGCUGAAUAAGUCUGUAUUUAAAAGGACCCUUGUUUCAACAGCAAUAAUCAUCGUGGAGAUUGAGAAUAAAAGCAAAAAAUCUCAUCUAAAGUCAUCGCAUUUGUCACCUGAAGUAGGUAAAUAGUAAAGGUAACAAGAUUGUUACUCCUAGUUUAGAAACUGCCAGAGAUACUUUUGACAUUAUAUUGAGUUGAAUAAGUCUGUAUUUAAAAGGACCCUUGUUUCAACAGUAAUAAUCAUCCUGGGGAUUGGGAAUAAAAAAAAUAAAUCUCAUCUAAAGUCA